AUGAGCGGUCUUCAAGAUACGGCCUUGUCAGCUAUCAGUAAGCAAAAUGCUCAAUUCAUCAAUGUUCAAAAAUUGGCUGAAAACAUCCACAAAUCAGUGGAUCGUUUACGCAAGUUGGUUGGCGAUGAACUGAUGAAAGUGGACAAGUGCGAACGAAUUGUUAUUUGGCGAAGGCAAAAUAUUUUGGAAUUGAACGAUGUGAUACAUCGAGAAGCAGAAUCGUUGAGCGGUGAUUUCGUUGAACUGUCGUGGUGGAUGCAAGAGGAGAGUGAACGUGGUAUUGGACUGAGUGAACAGCUGAUUAAGACGGCUCAUAUCAGUAUUUUGGAUUGUGAUGAGAGG